AUGAAGAGCCGCACCCUGAGCCAGAGUCUUUCCCCAGUCCCCAGCCGUCGCCGCCCCACGAGCAUUGGCGAGAGUCUGUCCAAUACGUUGGAAGAUUGGUCCAAAGGAGUCACCUCCCUCAUGGAUCAAAGCUUUUCUGAUUACGGGCGUAGCAGCAGCAGAACGGGUAGCAUGCGCAGCAGUGUCAGCAGCAUGGAUGCCUCGAUUUCCCAACAGUUUGGUAGUCUGGACGAAGACAUGAUGGCCGUCAUUGAUGAGGACAACUUUCGACUUUUGCAAAAGACACUGCGAAGCAAGGGGUGUGUGACCAAUACGUACAUUCAAAUGAACGCGGGAAAGUAUGUCCAACAUGUUGUCCACAAAAAGCAACAGCAAGACGAGGAAGAAGAAGAAAGACGCAGUUCAGUUCGUCGCUCCGUCUCUCCUUCUUAA